UACAGGAAAUAUGACUUUCAGGAAGUAGACUUUGAGAAUUUUUUUCCCCCCAGCUACAGUAGUAAAUCGAGAGAAAGUGAAGGUUACUUUCAUGAACAAAAGUGUAUGCUAGGUAGCUGCGUCUAUCAUUAUCAAACUAACUUUUUUCGUUGGCCAAAGUCUACUUUUCAGGUAGGACUAAUUUUACAGUCACUACUCACGAGCGAAAGAUCCUGUGUUGUGUGGCUGAGGUCAGGACUAUCUGAGGACCAUGAGUCGCGUUCCCCUGCAGCAGCAGCAGAGCUGUGGCUCCUGGGAGCUGAAGGAACGCCUGGGGACCGGAGGCUUCGGGAAUGUCACCCGAUGGCAGAACAAGGACACAGAGGAGCAGAUAGCCAUUAAGCAGUGUCGUCAGGAGCUGAGUGAGAGGAACAGAGAACGCUGGUGUUUGGAGAUACAGAUCAUGAAGAGACUGGACCAUGUGAAUGUGGUAGCAGCGAGGGAGGUUCCUGAAGGGCUGCAGUCCUCCUUACGCAUCAAUGAUCUACCUCUACUGGCCAUGGAGUACUGUCAGGGAGGUGACCUGAGGAAGUAUCUGAACCUGUUGGAGAACUGCUGUGGAAUGAGGGAGGGUUCCAUCCUUAUUCUGCUACGGGACAUAUCCUCUGCUCUGACCUACCUUCAUAAGAAGAGGAUCAUCCACAGAGAUCUGAAGCCAGAGAACAUCGUCCUCCAGCAGGGAGAGAAGAGAUUGAUCCAUAAGAUCAUAGAUCUGGGCUACGCCAAGGAACUGGACCAGAACAGUCUGUGUACAUCAUUCGUUGGAACACUGCAAUACCUGGCUCCAGAGCUCUUGGAGAGACAGAAGUAUACAGUGACUGUGGAUUAUUGGAGCUUUGGUACAUUGGUGUUUGAGUGCAUCACUGGGUUCCGGCCUUUUCUGCCAACCUGGCAACCCGUGCCCUGGCAUAGUAAGUUGAAGUUGAAGCAGGAUCAUGACAUUGUGGUUUAUGAGGACCUGACAGGGGAGGUGCGCUUCUCUAAACACCUUCCCCAGCCCAACAACCUCAACACUCUGUUGUUGGGCCGUCUAGAAAGCUGGCUGCAGCUGAUGCUGAGGUGGUCUCCCCAGGAGAGAGGCAAGGCAGACCCCCAGACCACUUCCUCAGACUGCUUCUCUCAGCUAGAGACUAUACUGGAGCUGAAGCUGGUUCACGUAUUGAACAUGGUGUCUGCUAAGAUCUUCACCUACUCUGUCUCAGCCAAUGAGAGCGUGGCUGAUCUGCAGCAGCGAAUCGGUUCUGACACCAACAUCCCUCCAGCCAAUCAAGAGCUACUGUUGGAGGCGGGACUAGCCCUGGAGCCACAGGGAGAGGCGGGGCAGUGUGCCAUCGACUACACUGAGAUAGACGGGAGGAGGACAGACCUUCCUCUGGUGUUCCUGUUUGACCGUUCCUCCUGCACCUACGAGCCCCAGUUCACCCCCCGCACAAUGCCAGAGAACAUACGCUUUGUCCCAUGAGUUUGCUGAGACACAACAGCUCCCUGUCGAAGCAGAAGAAUGAGAUGGUAUCUAUGAACCAGAGGCUGACGGCCAAACUAGACUUCUUCUCUACCAGCCUGCACAUAGACAUGGACAAAUACCAGGAGCAGAGAGCUACAGGGAUAGCCUCUGAAAAGCUGCUGGGUGUGUGGAGGGAGAUGGAGCAGACUGCAGUCAGCUGUGGCCAGGCAGAGAGGGUGAUAGAGCUGGACGAGGAGAUGAUGCUCCUCCAGACAGACAUCGUGGACCUCCAGAGACAACCGUGGAGGAGUGGAGAGGCCCUGGACACACUUGAGGGGAAGGCCAUGGAGUUGUUCCGUAAGCUGAAAGAGAAACCUAGAGACCAGAGGUGUGGGGGGGACAGUCAAGAGGUAGUACGUCUGGUGGUCCAGGCAGUCCAGUUCUACGAGAGGAAACUCAAAGACUUCUACACACACCUCAGUAAGACGGUGGUGUGUCGUCAGCGUGUAAUGGAGCUGCUACCCCGUGUAGAGGGCGUGGUACAGAGAAUGGCUGAGAGUGAACAGGUCCUGAUGAAUCUACAGGAGAGACGGCAGAGGGAACUAUGGAACCUGCUGAAAGUAGCCUGUAGUAAGGUGCGCAGCCCGGUGAGUGGGAGUCCUGUGGAUGGGGGACGCUCUUCCUCCUCUGUUCCCCCUCUACUGACCCCCAGACCCAGCCUACAGCAGCUGGAUGAGUCUCUGUUGGUGAUCGAGGAGAGCAGGACGUUUGAGAGUCGACUACAGAGUCUGAUACAGGAGACCAUCCAGGAGUCUGAAAGCGAUAUGCAGUUGCUGAGAGAGUGGACGUGGCUGAGUGAAGGACAGGACCUUUCCUCUGAUCUUUCCUGACUCUACCGGUUCCCUCGGAGGCAGGGUUUCCCCUAGUUACUGAUACCGGGUCAGAAAUGUCAUGUUAAGGAUUGGAGUUAGACCUGAGGUUAAGGGAUGAUUCUGUCUCAAACUGAUGUCAAACAGAAGAGCCGUCCCAUUCCAGACCCCCUGUUGUGGUCCUCUGCUGCCGCUGUGUGGCGGGGAAGACUUACUGCAGCAGAUUGCAUCGGACAAUUUGACAUUGACUCUUGGGGGUGCUCCAAAAAGAAUGGAUUGAGCCAACAUUUAUAUUUUCCAGGCUCAUUGGCGUGCCGAUAUUAACAUGUGCAACACCGCUGUAAUCUAUACCCUGAUGUAUUGGGGUCAUUUUCAAUCCUGCUCUAAAGGUUGUAGGUUUGAAUGAGGAAAAUGUUGACCUCUGGCAUAGCUGUAUUUAAACCUGGUCCAAUCAAAACCAGUAAUCUCACUGGUUGUCCUCUUUACGAAAGUCCUGGUGGUACUGGUUCUAAAGUCUGGUCUGGCCCCUGGUGAUGAUUCCUAAUCUUUCAAAAAUGUUUUUAUGCUUGCCACAAAAUAUUCUCUGACCAAGGUUUUAGCUGUAGCUUUUAUAUUCAGUUACCAGUCUCACAGUUCCCCCCCAAAGAAUGUAAAAGAGGCCCCAUUGUGGACUUGCUGUGCCACUAUGUAAAACAUAUAUUUGUACUUUAUUUGUUAUCAUAUAGGGCCAUUUUGGGGUUUAGAUUGCAGGAAAUGGCAGUUACAGGUGUUUUUUUUUAAAUCACUGCCCCCCGGGGCCUCCCCCCGGGCCUCCCCGGCAGCACAACGUUAUUAAAAAAUCCUGGGGAGGAUCCUGCAUACUGUAACAGUUAGAACUGGGAUUUUGGGGCUUUUUUGGUUUGAAACUGUAUAUUUUCUGAUGCUGGAUCUCUAUGUACAUUACUAAGGCUGAUGCAGAAUAUCCUGUGUGUAUAUACUUUUUUAAAAUUGUUAACAUUUUUAAAUAAUUGAUAUUGGAACAUUUACUGCAGUAUAUUAAUUGGUUGGGUUAUUUUACUUAACUGUGGUCUAUUAUGUGUAAGUACAUGUAUCUGGUUGAAUUAAACUUCAACCACCACAGAUCAAUAAGAAUGCUCAACAUAUGGUGACACGACUUUAAACAAAAUAUGUAUUAAUUUUGAAUACAGGACACUCAGUGUU